AUGAGCUGUGGUGAUCCUGGAAAACCCCUGAAUGGCUAUCGUACUGGCAAUGAGUUCUGGGCUGGGAAUAUGGUAUUUUAUACUUGUGAUCCUGGAUACUAUUUAGUGGGACCAUCCAACCGACUUUGUCUGGAAAAUGGUGCAUGGAGCGACUUAAUUCCAUCAUGUUAUAAGAGGCAUUAUUCAAACAUUCUCAAAAAUCGAGGGUAUUACUAUGAUUUGAUGGAACGAUGGCUGGCUGCAGUGACAAACAACCCAAUGAGAUGGGUACCAUGCUACCAAAGCAGACUUCACGGAUGGGCCAGUAASACAUUCCACGCAAAKUGUGAUGGUCAAGGACCAACUAUUACAAUCAUCAAAGUGAACAAAUACAUAUUUGGAGGCUAUACAGAUGUCAGCUGGCAUACCAGAUAUUAUAGCACAUCAGUCAGCUCGUUCCUGUUUUCAUUCGUAAACAAAGAUAACUUGAAGCCAUUUAAAAUGAAAGUUUUCAAAUCGCAGUAUGCAAUUUAUGGAAAUAGCGACUACGGACCAACCUUUGGAGGCGGCGCUGACAUACAUAUUAGUAAUAAUGCUGGUAGCAACACAGGCUCCCAUACGAACCUUGGAUAUAGCUAUGUACUGAUUAAGGGCUACACAUAUGGAUCAACUAAGGCGAAGAACCUUCUUGCAGGAUCGUACCGUUUUCAGCCAGACGAGGUCGAAGUGUUUCGGCAAGAUGGCUUAGAGGUUUAG